UCUUUCCAUCACUUUCAACAACUCAUCAUGAAGAUUUUCAUAGUUCUGUGCUUGGUGGUGGCUUCUGCAGCCUACAAAGAUCCUCUCUCACUCAUCCUCAAGUCUCCAAAGGCCACGCUGAAGCUUUAUUCAGACUUCAAAUCAAAGCAAGAUUUGAAAUUCUCUUUAGCAGAAGAUAGGAUGAGACUGCGGCUGUUCAAGAAGAAUGCUGAGUUUGUUGCCUCCUCAAACGAAGUGUUCGAGGACAGCGCUGAGUACGAGCUGAACUUCUUCUCAGCUCUGACCGGGGACGAGAAGAAGCAAUAUUUAGGACUCAACGUGACUAACCAUCUCCCUAACGAUGAUGUACCCAACAUGCUGUCUAGCGUCUCCGCUCCCUCGGAGAAACUCUGGGUAAACGAAGGCGCUGUGACUGAAGUGAAGAGUCAAGGAUCUUGUGGCUCCUGCUGGACGUUUGCUGCUGUUGGUGGCCUUGAGACCCGCUACAAAGCUCUCUCUGGUCGACUGAGGAACUUUGCUGAGCAGGAGUACCUGGAUUGUGUGUACGAGAGUACGGCUGGGAAAAGCGGUUGCAGUGGAGGCUGGCCUGAUAACGCUUACGCCUACUCGGCACGGAACGGUGGUGUAAAAGCAUCGACAGCGGAUUAUCCUUACGUCGCUAGUGAUGGUUCCUGCAAGGCUAGUUCUAAACCCAAUUCUGCUGUUGCAUACAAGAUAGAUGGUUCUACUAGAAUCGGAUCUAACGAAGCAGCCAACAUAGUAGCACUGGCUUCUGGAUCUCUGUCCAUGGCAUUCGAAGUAACCACCCAUUUCCAACAGUAUAAGGGUGGCAUCAUGAAGGAUACUACGUGCACAGGGCGCAUCAACCACGGAGUAACUGGAGUUGGAUACACCGCUAACUACGUCCUCGUCAAGAACUCUUGGGGGUCUCACUGGGGUGAGAAAGGGUUCGUCAAGUAUGCCAGAAACCACGAUAACUGCGAACUCUUCAAAUACAGCAGCCACGCUAAACUCGUAGCAACUGGUUCCAGUGAUAUCGGAGCUGACGACACAGCUACUGACUACAACCCUGACGACAGUGUUAUUCCCGAUGAUGUCUGUGAAGACGACUCUAAUAACUGCAGGGACGAGCACUGUGAUAGUCCCCUUCUUGCUGAGAAGUACUGCAAGAAGACAUGUAACCUGUGCCCUGAGUGCGCUAGUGGUACAGUCAAGUGCCCUGAUGGAGUAUGCAGACAUCAGCAUAUGUGCUAAUUGCUUAACUAUUUAACUAGCAUUGUAGACUCAUUUUUAUUUCUUGUUUGAAGUUUUAAAAUGAACUUAUUUGCGUACACAACUUGAUUUCUGAAA